UUCAGGACUGGGAAGAGCGCCUUCGACGUCCUCCCAGCGCAAGGUCGUCAGGUGGCAGGAUGCCGGUCCAUCUACCUCGAUGACGAACAGGGACGCUAUGCCAUCCACGCCUGGACAACAAGUGGCUCCUCCUCGCCCUGCGCAACCAGUCAGCGCCGCGACGACGACUUCAUCCUCAGUCACAGCAUCUCCUGCAUCACGUCAAGCAUCCAUGACACAAACACCCAGCAGGCCCUCUUCCGCAGCAGAUUCCCGAAUAGUGUCCGCUGGACCCGCGGCUUCAUCAGCAGCCCUCUAUGCCCGGCUAAGGUGGAACCUAGUUGCACUCCUCCUCCUUUUCCUUGUUCCCCGCAUCACCCAAUCAAAGCGCAUAUACUGGUCGCUUCUCGACCUCGUAUACUCGGCGCUAGGAAACAGGGCAGACGAGCAUCUCGACUCUUCCCUUGCGUGGCUAAGAUGGGCAGCUAGCAUCUUGUUCCUGAUCAAUGCUGUAGAGGCAGGAGCGCACUUGUUGUUCCACUCAACGACACAAAAGGAAAUUGCAGCAGCAGGAGGGAAGACGGCGCCCAGCUUGGCACGACCUCCAGGCCACAUCGAUGUCAAGCCAGCACCACCACCAACGCGCAGCAAGGACGCUUCCGAAAAGGCUGCGCGGCGCUACUCUCCGCACUCUCCCCUCCGAGCCAGUCUGGAGGCAGCCGCUCGCAAUGCCUCAUCCUCUUCUCCUUCUUCUUCAUCACCAGGCGGCAGCCCGCUUGCGCCGCGCUACAGCACGACUUCGUCCCCCUCUGGCGGUCUGCUACAGCAACGCCGUCUCCCCUCUGGUCCGCCGAGUAAUGCCAGCCCUUUGGCCGCCUAUCUGGCCAGACGCUCCUUGUCUUCUGCAACUCAUGGUGGUCGGGCGGACAUGUCUACUCUCAGUUUCGACAGUAGCGGUGCAGGAGGCGAUGAUUCGCUCGGGGACGUCUCAUCGGAUAGCUUCGAGGUGGAUCGGGCACUCAGGGUCUUGAGCGGGAGCUAUGCGAGGGAGCAAAUGAACGUCUUGGUGGGGUCGACGGGAAAGGCGGCGACACCGGGACAGUCAGCGCCGGGGACGGACACGAAGUCAGCGUCGCAGGCUCCGGCUGGCAUGCCGCCGCAGACGCCCCUCUUCCAACGGUCGGCAUCAGGAGGCGUUGCUGCUCGGUGAUGGUUGGGAGUAGGAAUAGUCACGAAGACUUGGACAAUAUCCAGCAUCAAUCAUACGCACACAUGUACUCACGUGCCCCGUUUCAGCGACACUUCACGACGCGCAAUGCAAUACUCUGCCGAAGUGACUCCAACAGCCGCGUAGGCUCCUUGCCUUGAUGGAGCUAGGGGGGCUCAGAGAGGGAUCAUGCUGCCUCGUCCAUGUUCGCGGAUGGUCCAUCAGGGAUGGAGUGGCCCGAUGCAAGCACGAAUGACGAAGAGACAGGAGUUCCAUCCGACGCUAUCCUCGAAAUCAAGUCUGCUCAACGAACCAGCGGCCCUCGUACCUUUCUGAUGAUUGUACUCACCGGCAAGGGCGUGACCUCGAAGACAGCCCAACGCUGUGCCACUUCCUUGGUCCCUAGACGAGGGAUAGUGAACAAGACCUUCCUGUCCAUGCUCGACGCUUGACGUACGAUGCUCUUCCAUCGAAUCACAUCGCGAUCACCCGACGACA